AUGCGAUUCCAAUACUUCUUCGUUGUUGCUUCUCUGUCGCAAUAUGCGUUCGCCGCAGACCCGGGCUUACCUAUGGAUAAUCCUACCAUCUCCUUCUGGCAGCUGCCUCCCAAUCCUGAUUUAGCGGACCUACAAAGCAAAACUCUGCCGAGGGAUGUGGAUGUGGUCAUAAUCGGCUCAGGAAUUACAGGCACCGGCGUUGCCCGUUGGCUUCUUCGUGACGGCUCGCAGGAACGACCACUUCGCAUCGCUAUGGUCGAAGCACGCCAAUCCUGCUCUGGAGCUACUGGACGAAAUGCAGGCCACAUACGACCACUUCCUUGGGAUUACGUCGUGGAUAAGCCGAUCAUUGGUGCAGCUGAUGCAGCAAAAAUUGCACGACUCAAGGCCAGACAUUAUUCCGAGUACGCCAAGGCAGCCAAAGAAGACUUAGACGCCGAUGGUAGAGAUGCUGCUGAAGUGCGAGCUAUGGACAGUAUUGAUGCUUGGUUCACUGAUGAUGCUUUCAAUGAGGUGGUCCAGAAGCUUGAAGUCGUUAAGCAAGAAUUGCCAGACAUUGGAAAGGAAUGGACCAUUAUCUCUGGAGACGAAGCAAGAGAGAAAACACUCAUGCCAGGCGUUGUCGGCAUCGCCGUACAAUCGGUGAAAAGUGGCGGCGCUAUGUGGCCCUAUCGCUUUGUGACCAAUAUGCAAGCGGCCUUGCUGAAGAAGUAUCCUAGUUUCUCACUAGAUACGCAUACGCCUGUCCUCAACAUCACUUCAAACACCUCCGGCGGCCAAAGCAGGUUCGAUGUCGAGACCUCGCGAGGCAUAAUUCGGACGCGCCAUGUCGUCCACGCAGCAGGUGCCUGGGCCCCACAUCUGCUUAGAAAUCUUGAGAAGCAGAUUACCCAGGCACGCUGGCACAUGGGUGCCACAGCUGCAGGUGAUAGAAUUCCAGACGCUGGCCAUUGGCCUGCAGUCUCUGGAAACAGCAGCCAGCCUGGAGGCCGUGAAUUUGGACUUUGGCGGGACUACUAUAGCACGCUCACUCAGCUACCCAAGUCUGGUCUGUUCAUUGUCGGUGGUGGAGUCGCGGGUGAGGGUGAAGAAGUGCCACCAUGGGAUGACCAUACGCCUGUGGAGCCUGUCAUUGCUUCUUACCUCAACGGAAUGAUGCCCACCUUCUUUGGCUAUGAUAACUGGGGCGCAGAGAGACCAGCGACUCCGCCGCAAGAGCACGUAUAUCCAGGGCGAACAAAAGCUCUUUGGACAGGUGUGGAUGCUAUAUCCUGGGAUUCCUAUCCUCUUGUGGGAGCUUUACCCACCAACGUGACAGGACGAGAGGCAAAGGACGGUGCUGAGUGGAUUUGCGGAGUCUAUAGCGGUGACGGUAUGCCUUCCGCAUGGAUGGCAGCGAAGGGUCUCAGCACGGCUAUACUCAGUGCUGAGCGCAACGAAGCCAAUCAAACAUGGCCGGAGUGGUUUCCAAACGCCUGGAUCGUAUCAGCAGAGCGCCUAAGCAAACCAUGCGUAAACAGCACUGAUCCUAGCUUAGGAAAUCUGUGCCAAUAA